CACACACACACGUGCGCGCGGAAAGAAGCGCUCAAAUUGGCUCCGCUUUUGUUUGCAUGUGUUUUGUUCGCCAAACGGGUAGAUGCGGCACUGUCUCACUAACACACACACACCUUGCCAACGGUAGACACACACGCAUACACGCAGUCAGUAGAGUUGGAGAUGCAGAAAGUUGAGCAUCGCGUUAGUUUUACUUUCCUCGAUGUGUACCACACACUAGAGCGGUGAACGGAAACGCUUCUGUGUGCGGCUGUUGCUUACGUUUUCUCGUGUCACGGUGGAAUUUCAUUACUUGGAAGCUGGUUGUGUUGGGUGAACGCCGAGCGAACGGGAGCCGGGUCGGCAGGAUCAUCCGGAAAGGAUAUCCGGUCCUUGUGGCAGCGAAAAAGAAUAUCAAACGCGUAAGCAAAGCAAAAUAAGAGCAGCAGCAGCAGCGGCACUCCAUAUUUGAGGGUACGACUCUCGGGGUGCCAUCCUGUAUUGGCAGCAAAGCGGCGGUACACCGCGGUGUCACCCAAAGGGCGCCGGGUCAGCUCCGAUUGCUGCGACGAUUUAAAGCAGUCUUUGGUACGACUUCGCCUCAUCCUGGACGUCCACUUUACCGGGCAUGUCGUCCGGAGGUGGUAAAAAGAAAGUAGUAGCAGCAGUAGCAGCAGCAGCCGAAAACACCCCUUCCUCCGUGUCAAUUGCAGCAUCCGUCGCACCGCAAAGGCCUGCCGGCGGUUUGAAAUUGCUGAUUGAUAAGAACAGAAUAGGCGUGCCGUCCACUAAAGCACAGUCUGCAGUGCAAAAACAGCAGCAACAACAACAACAGCAGCAGCAGCAGCAACAGCAGCAAGUGGUUAGCACCAGGCAUCUGUCGACCAGUCCGGCUGUGCCAUGUUCGUUGAAUGAUUCUUAUGUGAAUUUGGCAGGCUCGCUAACUGCUAUAAAGCUAGUACCAGUCGGCAUUCCGGCUCCAGUGAAGGUUUCGGGUACAAGUACAAGCGAGAAAAGUGGUACGGAGAGGAUCGAGAUGCGUGUGAAAGUGACCGGUGAAGAUGCGAAUCGCAGCAGCCCAUUCGCGGCCGGUGGUGGGCAGCAAGUGCCAACAUCGAAGCCAACGGCAAAAUUAAACAACUUGGUCGGCAGGCGGUUCUCCGUGCAUCAUCGAUUGAUCCCGACGCAGUUGAUCGAGGGUAACAAUGGGCAAGAUGCGACAAACGCACAGUAUGUGGAAAUUAGUACCCCGGAGGGGAAAAGUUUAGGGCAGUUGAAGCUGGUAGGCUGUAAUCCUUCGGCUAACAUGAUGAAAUCCCAUCCGGGAAACCCUGCCCCGGCAGCUGUCAACGCGUCUUUUGCACUGGCAGCGACUACCAAAUCGCUCGUCGCAUCGCCAGUCCAGUCUGGCAGUGUUGAAACCUCUCAGGUUGCUUCAAAUAAUGGCAAUCCUGCAGGAAGUGCUGCUGAAACAACGCUGGCAUCAACUGCUGCUGUACUGCAGAGCACUGAUGUGCAGCGGGAUGCUUCUAGAACGAAUGAAUUGCCAGCGGACAGGGCUGCCACAACGAACAAACCAAUCGUUAUAAAGAUUGCCCCAAUUCAAGCUGCUGCGCGUAGCCAAUCAGCGGCUGAGCGGGGGAGCGAUGACGAAAUCGUUGUCAUGGCAACGGCAAACAGCGAGACGCCAAAGGAAGCAGAACGUGUCGCGGUUGCUGAGCUUCACAGUGAGCUUGAAACUGCGAUCGACGCUGGUGGUGGUAGCACAGAUGCAGCAAAGGAACCGUCCGCAGAAAGUGAUCCUGCUGCAAAGACGACUGGUGAUGGUGCGGUAGUGUUGGAGAUGAACCCUCGGCCAUCUAGGGAGAUGAAAUUACUCCAGCAAACGCACAAAAAGUCGAAAAUACUGACGGAUAUUAUGUCCGAAGCGUCUCGUAAGGGGAAGCUGCGGAAGCGUCGCUCGACUAGUGGCGGUGGAGGACCCGCCCCAUCCCCUGACACAGGUGCGCACACAGGACUGCGUAAACGCACCCGAAGCCGGUCGGUGGCGAACCCAAAUCCAAGCGCAGAGGGUGCGAAAGAGUUGGAAAACGAUCCUGGCAAUAGAAAGAUACGUUUCGCUAGAUCGGAAUAUUCACUACACAAAGCUAAACACACAGCAGGCAGGAGCGACAGGUCCAUUAGCAAGGAUGACGAUGGUACUGGUGGGUUGGGAAAUGAUACGGGUGCAUUUAUGUCCCUGGCCAACCUUAACCAAGAGCCGGAUGUCGUUAUCGAUUUCCCCGGAGAUCCACCAAAGCCUGGAUGGGAUCGUUUCUGUUGGCGAUGCAAGUCAAAAGAUCCCGACUUGGGAUGCAGCAAGUGCAUCCGUAGCUACCACAAACUCUGCGUACGUUACACAGUGGACAAUCCCAACUGGAGCUGCACCGAAUGCAAAGCGACGACGGCCGGCUUACGCACAGACGUAGAUACGUUCUCGCAAUGUCUACGUUAUGCGUUAGACUUAGUCGCGACGCGUGAUGAGAAUAAUACUUUUAAUCCCUUCAACGUGACCGAUUUCGAAAACUAUAAUAAAUACAUAAGUCAUCACAUGGACCUUUCCGUGAUAUAUGAACGAUUAGCUCAAAGAAAAUACAGGGCCCCCGAAGAGUUUGUAUCGGACUUGAGCUGGAUUGUACACAAUAUGUUAAUUUAUCCGGGGCAAUUGCAUCUUGUUAAAAUAGCCCGCACCAUGUUCAAGCGAGGAAAGCAGGAGAUGGAGGAGAUGGAGCCGUGCCAGGAGUGUUACAUAAAGGCCAACACCAAGAGCGAUACCAACUGGUUCAUAGAGCCCUGUUCCAAGCCACACCUGUUGUUGUGGGCCAAGCUUAAGGGUUACCCGUACUGGCCAGCCAAACUAUACGGCACGAACGCCAACAAUCAGGCGCACGUUCGUUUCUUUGGUGAUCACGACCGAGCGUGGUUGCCGGUGAAGGACUGCUAUCUGUACGCCAAAGGCAAUCCCAACCCUCAGAAGGUGGUAGUGAAAUCGAAGCAAAUCACGUUCGCCAAGAGUAUAGCAGACAUAGAGCUUCAUAUAGAGCAGCUGCGCGAAAAGUACAAUACGUUCAAUUAUGCCGAGGAGUUCGAGUUGCUCGACCCUUCCAAUUUGGACAACCAGCUGCGGGCCAUGCUCCCGGGGGUUUUUGUGAAAAAAGUGAAAGUCACCAUUAAACGAAAUGAGGGCGAGAUGGUCGCCGUUGCUUCGUCUACGUGCGACGAUACACCAUCUCCGUCGGAGGGUAAAGAGGGUGGCGGAAGCGAGCUGCAAGUGGAGAAAGCUUCACCGUCUGCAAACAAGGACGCAAAGCCCAGCAAAGGUGCCAGCCCUCGGAAGCGGCUGACCCGUCGCAUGUCUCGAAUUAUGAAAAGCCCUGUAGAAUCGGUGGAACCGGUCGCAAACACAUCGAAGGAAUCGGUGGACGAGAGCGCUGCUUCCCAUGCAUCGUACAAUGAUACAGCGGCGAACGGAACCGUGGCUAGUGGUAAAGCGGUCGAUAACAAGCGGCACCGGGCCAAUGAAGAUCGCGAAGAGCUGUCGCUAUUGAUACGGCGCGGUUCGCAAUCGUGGGAAACGGAACCACUGUCCAAGCGCCGUAAGUCGACCGUUGACAAGAGUGCUUUGAAAGCCGCCGGCUCUAAAACGGCCCAGCCAAACAAAAAAGUGGAUGCAAAGCUGCCUAAGGUACUUCAGCAGGACAGCACCGUCCUGCCCGAAGCUAAACCAGAAGGUCAACCUGUCCCUCCCGUUGAGGGAAGUGCAAAUCCGGAGGCCAACGCUGCUGCUACGGCAAUUAAAAGCGUACCACCGCCGGCAUUAAAACCUACCGAAAAUGUGCUAACAUCGUUGGAGCUGUGCCGAACCAGCGUUACCAAGCAUGCACUCGUUAGCAUACCGGCAGAUUCGACUGCAGCAUUCGUCACUCAGCAAGAAAAAGAUACUUCAAAAACUUUGGCAACUGCGGGAGAGGCUUGUGGAGCACCGGCAACAGCAAGCGGUACACCAUCAACAGCACCUUCAAGCAUGUUAAAUAGCACGUCUUCCACGGUUAGUGACAUUAGCAUCAAGCAGGAAAUAAUUUCCGACGAUGAAACCCUGGGGAAAAGCGACAAGAAUGAACGGUCAACUACGACGGAAGUAAAACGGAAGGAAAAUGAAUCGGACAUGUCGAUCAAAUCAAGAGUAUCCUCAGUAAAUUUGUCUAAAUCUUCGGAACAAGAAGUAUUAGCUGCGCCUGUGGUUCCGGGCAAAUGCGUUCCCAAUGCUGGCAGUAAUGCAGAUGACACUGCGAUGGCGACCAAUUCAAUCAAGACGUCGUUAACUCAGACCAAUGCGGAGAUCAAAACUGGACACUCAAAUGGUGCUCAAAAGAUAGUAUCAAGCAAUCCAGUCCCGGCUCCAGUGCCGGUUAAUACAACGGCAAAAACAAAUGAUGCGACCACUAAUGCGGGCACUGCAACUACGAUUGGACAAAGCAAUCAGCGGGCGAGCACAUUACAAGCAAGCGAUGCGUAUAGCAGCGUAGCUGUUUCGGUCGGGCUGAAACGACACCAAGCAGCAGUGCCAGCUACUAAGACCACGAAAGAAAACGGCUCUGCGAAUGGAGAUGUUGUUCCGGUCAAAGCGAUAGAGCUGCCGGUGUCGGCGGUUCCCAAAGGCAAUGAUUCGGGCGCUGUUACGGUGGUGUCAAGCAAUCAGCGGGCUAGAAAAUCUUUUCCGGGCGGAGCAGCCAAUGCAAAGCACGCCGCUACUGCUAGACAGCCGCCACCGAACGCAAACGCUGUAGGAAGCAACAUACAGAAUGUGUCGGCAAUGCGUAACUCUUCGCUGGAAAGCUUGUCGAUCGAGCACAAGUCCCGUGAGGAGGCGACGGUGACAAAACGAUCGCAGAAUUCAAAUUUGUCAAGCCCGUCGACAGUGCCCAUACCAUCGGCAGCCCCAUCUUUCCCUCCACGAGUCGCAGAGGCGCCCAAACGAACUGCCAGCAUGAACAACACGAGUGUCAGCGCUAACAGUAACGGUGUCGCUUUGGUGCCGAAGCAGCUCGUUCCCGCUUCUACGACGAUUUCCCUGAUUCCCAGUGCAGCUGAUCGCAUUAGUGAUAAACAUAUGGCACCCAUUGACUUGGACAACGAUGACAUAAUGAUCAUCGACGAAGAUAUCCCGUUGGCCGCAGAUCAAAGCAGUGCUUCAAGCAGUCAAUUGGCGCUUCCUCCACUUGUGCCGAGACCUCAGGUGCAGAGUCCACGAACUGAAUCGACCGAUCGGGAAGAGCUGGUGCGUCCUACGGACGUGCUGAACGACUGCGCUGGUCAGCUCUUGGACAGCUUCCGCUUGACGAUAGAGAACGUGCUGUCCGAACUGGCUGAUAAAGGUUCGCCAGCGGCGGAGGUUUCACUUCUUAAAAUAAAGCUGGACCAAUCUCAGAAGCAACACGAGCAGCGUAUAACCGAACUGGAAGAGCAGCGCAAAAUGUACGAAGGCAUGAUGCAGGAACUGCGCCAAUCCCUUGAGCAGGAGAAAAAACGCGCCCUCGUCGAGCAGCGGGAGCAGCUGCAGCGGGACAAGCAGCGUGCAGUGCAGUCCGCGAAACAGAAGCAAUGGUGCAAGCGUUGUCUGAAGGAAGCGAAAUUCUACUGCUGUUGGAACACUUCGUACUGCGAAGUUUCCUGCCAGGAGAAGCACUGGAACGAACACAAAGAUGUGUGCAACCAGGCAGUGGAGAAAAGGGCACGUUCCGGUUUACCCACGUCGCUGGUACCGACCGUGCCAGACCAUUGUUGGGCGGAGGAUGGCAAGGGCCGUACGCCGGAGCAUGGCGGCAGCGUUCGUCCCGUGCUUCUGUUACCGGUAACGACGAGUGUCACCAUUUCACCCGACAAUAAUAAGGGCAGUAUGCGAAAGCAUGCAGCUGCUGCUGCUACAGGUACCGGUCCACGAGGCAUCGGUACGCCUGACACUGGAGGAGGGCGUAAAAAAGUGACCUCUAGCCCUAGCACAGCUUCGCCGGGCGCAAGAGGAGACACCAACAACAUUAACACUACAAUUCCCAACAGUACCAUGGUGCCUACUGCAACCAGCACGCCGUUCCUUGCAAUGGCCCGCUCGUAUCCCAGUGGAGGCACAUCGGGAGCUAAUGUAUCUUACACUCCACCGAUAAUUAAAGCCGUCUACAGCAUAGAUUCGGGUGCUAGUUUUCCGCAGCAUACGGCGCACAAUGGUGGCAACUUGGUAUCAAGUGCUGGCGUUGUAUCUAGUAUGCCCCAGCCACAGCAACAACACCAACAGCGAAUGAAUACAUCACGCGACAAAUCGACCAAACGCUCAGAACGUCGUGAUAAUGUCGCUUCCAUUAAGGUGUCACAAGGAUACGUUCCAACUAGCACAUACGAUCUGACAACGUCACCGUCCCGUAUCACCACGGUACCGAUACCAUCGUCGACUGGUUCGAUGGCAAUGCGUGCGUACAGUCGGAUUAUCCCUACCGGAGAUAUUGCCAGCAUGAGUGUUUCCCAGAAUGUGUGGAACCAGAUCAGUAUGCAAUCAGCUACCAUGCGACAGUCGCACCUGGGCAAUGUUGGACCACUCGGCGGUGUGGAUAGGAGCGGGCUGAGCGUCCAAUCCGCAGGUGACUUCAGAAGCCUGCAGGCUCAUACCGCCGCCACCGUACCAUCGCAGAAGCAAAAACCGACCCGGGAGCAAUAGCAGUGGCGACGUGGUCGUGGCAAACACAGGGGAGUAACGGUGCAACAGCAAUGAUGCUGAUAAUGCCAGUGUCACGGAAAAUGCUGAUGUGAAUAUAUUUUAUGACACGCAACCGAGUUUUGCGCCGACUGUGUUUUAGCGAUAAUGGUAAUACUAAUUUAUGUAUCAUCCAUACUUUAAUGAACUAUUUUUUUUAUACAUAACAUAAGCACAUAAAGCUUUGUAUUACUUAACUUAAAAUUUCGUACAAUUUUAUAUUUACAAUACUUUUAUAGACGUAGCUUAUCCAUAGUUUGAUCAUCGUUCACGAUGGUAUUAUUGAUUUCUCAGAAAUGUCAAUGGAUAGGAACUACUACUACUACUACUGGUGCGAACAUUUGAAAAGAUGAAUGUUAAAAACAUUUAUUAUUGAUCCUAAUGCUAUAACUUAAUGCAGAGUGCGUUGAACAAUGUACAGAUACAUAAAAUUUAAACUUGAGGCACUUAUAAGGCAGUCAUAGUAUACCAGUUAUCAUCCACUUUGGAUGCGAUAUGGUUGUCUGAUGGUACAGGGUGUUUCAAUGCAUGAUUUUGGGACAUUUUCUUGACUCGUUUUCACAGAAAGAGAACUGUGUGUGUGAUGGGAAUCGGAAUCGGAUUGUACUCUUGUUGGAUAGGCUCAAUCGGAAUCUGGUUGAAAUUUCCAAUGCGCCUGUCGUAGAGUAUAAUUCCUAUACAGCAAAGUUCACUUCCCAUUAAGAGUUAAGAAAGUGUCCCAAAAUGUAUAAGAACCCCUAAAACCAUUUUUGAGAUAAAAACUACGAUCGAAUGCAUCUUGAGUGUGUUGUAUUGGUUCCAAGAUGCGUAUUCUAACGCGUACACUAUAGUGAAUACUUUUGUUUUGAAUUAUUACGAUUGAUUUACGCAAUAGCUAUUAAAGAAGCUACGGUAUUAAAAAUUAAACGAAAAUGCA